GUAUGGUAAUGAAAUUCUGGUGCCCAUUGGUCUGGCAUGGUUACCAUAAUCGUUUGAUGAUGCUAAAGAUGUGAAAACCUGUAUGGUUUGUGGUGACACAUAGGUGCAGACAUUUGUAUAAAUAAUUAAGCCUUCUGGGUUGAGGUGGUUGCUCAAAAGAAAUUUGGUUGAGUGGUAUUCACGUCAAAGCAGACUCUUUGAAGGAAUUAUAUUCCUUCAAAGCUGACAUCUGCUCGGUGCUUUCAAUUAUAGUUGCACAUGUCUGCACUGGAGUGAAAGGUAAGUGCAUCUCAUGAUUAUAGUGCUAUGAUUUUAUGUCUUGUUGAUGCACAUUAACUUGAAUUUAACAUGAAACUUUCUGUUUUGUUUGUUUGGUUACAGACAGCUCUGAGCGCAGUUUAGCUGUUAUGACAGAAACCGAUUGGCAGAUAGAAAACAUUUCCUAUCCGGACGAAGAGUUUUGGUAUGGAAAUUCUUCCCGAAGCUAUUCCUUUGAUCUUCCUUCAGGACUAGAUAUUUCCAAUGUUAUUGGAAUAGUCUCAGUAUUAAAUCCUGCUGUCUAUCAAGAAGUGUAUUUGUGUAACGUCACCGAGCUGGGUGCAGUGAAAUGCAACCAGACCACAGUACACUUAGGGACAUUCAACAUCUCAGAUGUGGAUGUUCAAUUCCUCAAAGGCCCGCUGGUUGCACGCAUCAUGCCCUCUUUCUACAUCCUUGUCUUGCUCAUUAGUAUGCCCCUAAACACAUUGGCCUUGGUGACAUUUACCUGUAGGAUUCGAGCAAAGAAACCAGCUGUGAUCUUCAUGUCUCACCUGGCGUGUGUUGACCUGCUCUUCACCCUGCUGCUGCCUCUGAAGAUCCACUACCACCUGAAUGGUUCAGAUUGGGUGUUUGGUGAGGUGGCGUGUCGUGUUGUCAGCGCGGCUUACUACUGCUACAUGUACUGCUCUAUACUGCUGAUGAUGUGCAUGAGUGUGGACAGACUGGUGGCCGUGGCGUUUCCUGUCCCUUCUCUAUCCUGGCGGAGCACCAGGAAUGCCACAUGCAUAUGUACACUGGUCUGGCUGCUGGCAUUUGUUGGCACAGUGCCACUUCUCUCUGUAAGGCAAACGUUCAAUAUCGAGAAUGUGGGCAUCACCUGCCAUGACGUCCUGCAGCACACGCAGUUGUAUGUGUAUCAGUUCUCCAUCCUCUCCUGCCUUUACUUCUUCUUGCCACUGGUCUUUACCUUGGUGAGCUACUCAUCCAUAAUAUAUGUGCUCAAUGCCAAGCCUGACCACUUAGCAACAUCAUCAUCAUCCUCAGGCAACCGAAGGAGAGCUGUGAUUAUGGCUAUUGCUGUGCUGACAGAGUUUGUGGCGUGCUUUGCACCAACCAAUGCCAUCCUGUUGUACCACUGUGUUCGUUUAGCCACAGGAGGCCACAGUGAGGAGGGGAAAUAUUACAUGUUGGCUGUAUGUGCAGGAAGCUCAAGUGUUUUCUUGGACCCUCUGCUGUACUACUACGGCUCAUCUCAGUGCAGACAGCAGAUCAGCUCUUUAUUUUGGUGGAGAAAGACAAAAAGUGCACCCACACCAUCAAAAACACGCUCUCAGUCAAAAUCAUCUCACUUGAGCUGUGAGUACAGUCAGGCUCAGAUGAAGGUGUGAAAUGUAAAGUAAAACAGCUAAUGAAAUAAUUAGUUUACAUUUUUCCAGUGAUUGUGUACACUUUAAUAUUUGUAUUGUUGGUCAUUGUGCCAUUGACAGGAAACUGGACAUUUUUAUCUGGCCAGAAACUAUCUGGCCUGAUUCACAUUAAAGCAAGCAUUAUAGCAGUCAUAGCAGUAUAGCAGUUAUAAAUAUAACACACAGUCAAAAAGAAAUUGUAUGUGUGUGUGUUGGCCAUGUUUUGCAUUUUGGGGACCAAUUGUUGAGUUUAUUUCGAAAUAACAGAGGUGUCAUGUAAAGGAUGACUAGUCACCGAUUUCUGUUGCAAUGUUUAGAAGUGUAACUUCCCCAUUGCAUGGAAAUCUAUUUGCAGAUCUGAACAUUUUUUUAAAGGGAUAGUUCACCCAAAAAUGAAAAUUGUCUUUUCAUUUAUUUACCCUUAUGCCAUCCCAAAUGUGUAUGACUUUCUCUCUUCUGCAGAACACAAAUUAAGAUUUUAUUCAAAAAUUGCUCUGCUCUUUAGGUCCAUCCUAUGCAAAUGAAUGAUGGCCAGAAAUUUGAAUAUCCAAAAUCCAAGUCAUCAUAAAAGUUAUCCAUUAUACUUCAGUGGUUAAAUCCAUAUCUUUAGAAGCAAUGUGAUAGGAGUGUGGGUGAGAAAAAGUCAAUAUUUAAAUAAUUUUUUAUCAUAAAUCGGCACAUUCACAUUCUUGUUCUUUUGUUUUAUGUUGAUUUCCAUUCUUCAUGCAUGUCUCCAACUACUGCUUGGGGCUUGUCAAAAGAGGAGAUUUACAGAAAAAGAAAGGACUUAAAUAUUGAUCUAUUUCUCACCCGCACCUAUCAUAUAGCUUUUAUUCUGCACUGAAAAUGUUUUUAGUGUGAGUUUACAGUACAUUUCUGGCUACUAGUUGCGUGACUUUCACAGUAUAUUUUACAGUAGUAUUAUUACAAUUAAAAAACUGUAUACUGUGACAUCACAAUGAACAGAACCAAGAAAUUACUGUAAUGUAGCAGUGCUGUGUUGUAGAAAGUUUUUUUUUUUACAACAAAUGUUGUAGCACAUCAAAAAGUUUACCUAUAUAGCUGAUGGAAACGCAAGUGUCGACAUAAUAUUUUCCUGUUGAACUCUAGUGCAUAAAUUCUAUGUCGAUAUUUUAAAUGUUGCAAAAAACUGGUUUGGAAACACUUUUUGUCUAGAAAAUUGCUAUUAAUGCAACAAUAUAGUGUCACGUGACAGAAUUUACCCCAAUCAUUAGCCUGUAUUAAUCAUGAGGAUAAGGUAUACAUCCUUGAAAGCCAAUUUAUUGUACGUGAAGCAUUACUCACACGGUUAUGGAUUGGUCUUAACGGCAUAUAUGCACAGAUCCGAUACUGCAAACACAUCUGCAUCAUGACACUUCCAGGAGUGCCAACACAAAUAUCUCGUAUCAUGCACUUGUCAUCGACACAGAGAAAAAAAAUGAAUGGCCACUCUUUCUGAUUAAUUUAAUUGAGGUAGCCAUCUGUUUAUUUAUGAAAGUUGCUUUACCACACCAUUCAAAAUAAUAGACGGCAGUAUUAGCCCAUAAUACAAGAAGGAUAACGCUUUAGAUUACAGCCCGGAAUUUGCAGUGCAAGUACACUGAAUUUACAGCCUUAUACUCUGCUAAACAACAAUCUUACUUUAAGAGCAAUUUAGCAAGAACAUACACAGCAUACCUUUUUGUAAUAAUAGUGUACCUACACAUAUAGGCUACUGUAGGUAUUAUAACCACGGGGUACAUACUCUCAUUACAGGAUACAUGAGGUUUUUUUAUUUUUCUUCACUAUUGCCAUCUGAUGGAGUUUUGGUUCCUUGCCAUUGUCACCUUUAGCUUGCUCAUUGGGGGCUUAAAUGACUAUUAAUAUUCAGAAAAUAUUAUCAAACUAUCUGUAUUGACCCUAUCGGAUGAGAACACAAAACUUGAACUGAACUGAGCUGAAUAAUUACAUUACAGUAUUGAGCUGCUUUAUAGAUGAAAUUGAAGUAUUUUUCAUAAUUGAUUAAUUUUUAAACAUUACUUUUAUUUUUCUGUUUAUUACUUUGAAGAUGAUUUGAAACAAUCUGUAGCAUAUGGUAGGUUAUAUAGUGGGAAGGUACACAAUUAACGCUAUAUGCUCAUUUCUGUUUGAAAAUGGCUUGAGGGCAGAUUUAUUUUGCGAUAUUAUAUUAUAUAUUAUACAUAUGGAUUAUAAGCAACAUUUAAUGGGAUAGUUCACCAAAAAAUUUUAACUCUCUCAUUAUUUACUUACCCACACGCAUCCCAGAUUUGUUCAACUUAGUUUAUUCUGCUGAACACAAAUUAAGAUUUUUAGAAGAAUAUUUCAGCUCUGUAGGUCCAUACAAUGCAAGUGAAUGUGACCAAAACUUUGAAGCUCCAAACAGCACAUAAAUGUAGCAUAAAAGUAAUCCAUAUGGUUCCAGGGGUUAAAUGACUUUGAAAGUGAGAAACAUCAAUAUUUAAUUUGUAUUUUUUUUUACUGUAAAUGUUCACUUUUACAUCUAAAAGUCACAGGGCACCUCUUUAGUUUUUCUUUUCUUUCAGAUGUGAAAGUGGAGAUUUAGAGUACAAAAUGACUUAAAUAUUGAUCUGUUUCUCACCCACAUCUAUCAUAUCACUUUUGAAGACAUGGAUUUAACCACUAGAGUCAUGUGUAUUAAUUUCAUGCUGCCCUUGAGUACUUUUUGGAGCUUUAAAGUUCUGGCCACCAUUCACUUGCAUAGUAUGGACCCAACAGUGCUGAGAUAGUCUGAACAAAAACAAAUAAUUUUAGAAGCAGAGUAAAGGCAUACACAUCCUGGAUGAGGAUGAGUAAAUGAGAGAUUUUUCAUUUUGGUGUGAACCAUCCUUUUAAUAUUAAAAUUGGUGUUUAAUAAUUUUAAUGCCCAGUGUAUUUAACAUUAAUUAUAAAUGUUACUUUAUUGUUCUACAUGCAUGCUGUUUAUUAAACUUUAGAGUUUAAAUGUUCUUAUUGCAUGCAUUUAUAUUCAUCCAAAAAUA